AUGGCCAACUUCUCAAGGACACCAACUUCUGAGCGCGUCCGAUUUUCGCGUGACACAAAGCUGUCAGACUAUGAGAAGCGAAGACGGUCUACCGCAGCAAGCGAGUUUUUGGAGAACAACAACAGCACAAAUUUAAAGUCGGACCGCUACAGAUCUUCCAUCGGAUCAAGCACCAAAACGCGCUACGAAUCGCCCAGAUCUAUUUUGCGCCCAUCCGCCCACGAAAAGAAAUCAUACGAACUCCUCGGUGAAUCACCCAUUCGCAGUAUUCCAGACUCUAGACGCUUUGAGACUGAUGACCUUUUGAGCUCCAUCAAGAAAAAACGCUAUCCGCUUACAGAUCGCCGCUCGCGGGUGACAAAGCCAGCCUCCAGUCGUGUCCAUGACGGUCUUUUGGGAUCUUUGACCUCAAUUGGCUCCAAACUCUUGCAAUCUGUGCUCUACAACGAAAAUAAAGACAUUGCAUCAGAGCAAGAAAUCAAACAAGAGGUGAGACCCAGUGAAAGGAUAACAACCGACCCUGUCGAGCCGAUUCGGACUUCUUCCAAUAGUGUGGAACGAACAUUGAACGAGAAAUUUGGAGUUCUUGAGAGUCUCAUUCGCGAGCUCAAGACUGAAAGCAGAGAGACGGUGAUGGACAAGCUUACUGAUCUCAAAGGUGAGAUUUUGAAUCUUCGAGCAUCUCAAGAACUGAUAAAUACAAAAUUUGAAGAGAGAUAUGAAGAGCUCAGGAUUGAAAAUGAGCUCAACAAGCGCAAGUUUGAAAAGCUCUUUUCCGACUUGGAAGCCAAACGUGAUGAGCUGGACAAAGAGAAGACCGAGUAUAUCAAACUCUUGCAGAAGGAAAGUCGCAAGCGAUAUGCUGACUCUCUCGCCUCAGAUGAAGACGAGUAUCCGAAAAAGAGGCGGGCUGUAAGAGAAAGUGCACAGGACACGAUCGACAAGAUGAGGAAAAGAAAUAAGCAAAUGAAUCAGAAAAUCUCGGAAAGCAUAUCUACGACGAAAAAAAUUGGUAGCAUGAUAUAA